AUGUUUCAUGAAUAUCCGUCGCCCAAGGCGUCCCCGAGGACUAUCGGCCGGGGAUUCAACAACCUAUGCUGGAUCGUUGAGCCCGACGACCACAGCUGCCUCGCUCCCGUGGGGUGCACUGGCGAGCUUGUGGUCCAGGGUUACGCCUUAGCCCAGUGUUACUUGAACGACGAAGCUCGAACCAACGAGUCCUUUGUCACCAACAAGGCCGAUGACCUGAGGCUAUACAAGACUGGCGAUUUUGCACAGUACAACUCCGAUGGCACGAUUGAAUACGUGGGGAGGCGCGACAGUCAGGUGAAGUUCCACGGCCAGCGUAUUGAGUUGGGCGAGAUCGAGCACAGAAUCAGAGAGGCGAGCCACCAGGUGGAACACGUCGCCGUAGAUGUUGUUACACGCGACUCUGCGACGCUUCUCCUCACAUUCGUGUCAUUUGCCGACCUUCGCCACAUCGAUGCUACCGAUUUGAGCGGUUCUUCCGGUAUCUCGAGCCACGGCAGCCGUCUUUUGCCCAUGGACCCGUCACUGCAGUCCCGUGUGGCAGCUGUUCAGGAACACCUUCGAUCCAAGCUGCCAUCGUACAUGGUUCCCAACGUCCUCUUGGUUCUGAGCGAGAUGCCGUUCAAUUCCUCCAUGAAGCUGGACCGCAAAAGCCUCCGC